GGCAAGACCUCCUACUGGGACGAGCGCUACACGAAGGAUCCCGAGCCCUUUGACUGGUACCAGCGCUACUCGGGCAUCCAGGCGCGGCGCGGCGCCGGGAUGGAACGCGACGACUCGAUCCUCAUGGCCGGCUGCGGCAACUCGCGCCUCUCCGAGGACAUGUUCGAGGACGGCUACGCGAACCUGAGCAACAUCGACAUCUCUCGAGUCAUCGACCAGAUGAGCGAGAAGUACAAGGACAAGCCCGCGCUCUCCUUCCAGCAGAUGAACGUCUGCUCCCUCGAGUUCCCCGACGAGUCCUUCGACGCCGUCAUCGCCAAGGGCGUCAUGGACGCGAUCCUCUGCGGCGAGGGCUCGACGGCGAACGUCGCGAAGAUGUGCAUGGAGGUGAGCCGCGUGCUCAAGCCCAACGGCAUCUUCUUCGUCGUCUCCUACGGCGUCCCGGACAACCGCAUGCAGUACCUCGAGAACGAGGACUACUCGUGGGUCGUCACGACGCACACGGUGCCCAAG